UAUUUAUUUAAAAUUAUAAAUAUAUAAUUUUUUCUAUUUAGUACUCUUGUUUAUAUAAGUUUUCAAGAGAUUCUUUUAGAAUUUUUCACUGUUGAUUUUUUUUGAUUUAAGUGUUAAAAUUUUGUCAUUUAUACCUGAUAAAUAAUUCCGAAAUGAAGGUUUACAAAGAUUUGUACUCUAAUGAUGAAGUUUGCUCUGACGCAUACGAUCAUCAUGACCCAUUCGAUAAUGCAGAUCUUUCAUCUGUUGCUUUUGAAGUAAAAACUUCAAAGGUUCCAAAAGGUGAAGAAGACUAUGGAAUCGGAUACAAUGAUGAAGAAGGGGCCGAUCAAAUGAAUGUUGACCCCAAUGUUGAAAUGGUAGUAGAUGUGGUUGAUAAAUUUGGCCUUCAAUCCCUUUCAUUGACGAAGAAGGAUUACUCUUCCUACAUUAGGAAGUACAUUCAGAGAUUAGUUGCCACUCUUCAGGAAAAGAACCCUGAGAGAGUAGAACCGUUUAAAACAACAGUUUCCGAUUUCGUUAAACAUGUUCUCGCAAAUUUUGAGGAUUUUGAGUUUUACGUUGGAGAAUCCUUGGACUACGAGGCAGGACUCGUUUACGCCUAUUACAAGGGCGAAGAAGUCUCACCGAGGCUUGUUUUCCUCAAAGACGGACUUGUAGAAGAGCGUUACUAAAUAUAGCUCUCAUGUAUUAAUCAACUUGUUUAAUCUCUAGACCACUCGUA